AUGCUGACAGCGCAACAGCGUGCCUGCGAUCGAUGCCAUCGAAAUGCGUGCAGGUGCUCCCCGGGAAUCGAAGGAACGGUUUGUGCGAGAUGCGAGGAACAAAAGCUCGAGUGCACAUACAGUCGUCCAGUGAAACGACGGGGGCCAUCCGCUCCAUCCAUCGCCUCCAUCCACGACGACGAUUCCAGCAUUGCCUCUGGUCCUCCAGCUCACGCCGUAUUGUAUUCUGCCGUCGAGACUUUUUUGAAGCCGGACACCAUCUACUGUUUGAUUCAAUUCUUUCACCGAACAAUAUAUCCAAUACGCCCAUACUUUCAUUGGCCCACCUUUGAGGCCCAAGUUCGCGGGCAAGAAUAUCGGUCGGACUGGGGUAUAUAUGUGGUCACCAUGGCGGUUUGCGCCCUCGCGGCCGGACGCGUGCAUGGGUGUCUCGCCGUCUCUACCGACCUGACUCUGACCGGCUUCGAAGCCAGGGAGCUGUCUCUUCGGUGCUACGCUGCCGCCGUCGGUGCAAUACCUCUGGAUGUCACCAUCAUCGAUGAUUACUGUCAGGCCAUGAAAGCCAGCGCCCUCUUGGCUUCAGCCUGCUUGCAGAAUGGAGAUAUGGCGAAGCUCGUGGCACACAUGACCAAUUAUUUCUGCCUGUCUACCAUCCACAAGUUCGAUCGGGAGGCCUUUUGGCCAAACGACCUGAAUGAGAUUCAGCGACAAGAACGCCGCAGACUAUUCUGGUGCGUUUAUCAACAAGAACGAUAUCUCUCAAUCAACUUUGACCUACCGACGCUGCAGGCCGAGGGAAAGGCGACCGUUCUUUACCCGGCAGAAGUUGUGGACGAUGAGGACAUCACGGCCACGGGGCUGCAGCUAAGGCCGGACCAGGUCUCCUUCCUCCGCGGGUGGAACUUCUGCACGGAUAUGUAUCGACUCCAGGAGAACAUGGAUCGAGCUCGCAGUAUGAGAAAAGAGCCCACGACCGAGAGGCCUGAGUCGGUAACGAACGCCUUCUUAGCGCGGAUAGAGCCACCGAAGGGCUUUCUUUCUGAAAGCCUCCAGUUCAUCUCUAAGAUGCAUAGUGAGCUGCCACCCCGCCUGAGAGCCAUUGAGAAUAUUACCGGAGAUCUCCAGGCUGAUCGAUGUCGACUUGUGGCGUCUAACAUCAUCCUUACCACGCAAAACCUGAAGAUGUACCUCGUCGGUAGAGAACCACCCAACCUGCAAUUGCGGUGUUCCAUCGCGAGUGAACUCUUAGACGAGCUCAGUGCUGCCCCCCUCGAGUUCUUUCAAAGCCUCAGUAUGGGUUCCCUGCAUCACCUCGCUCAGGUCGGGCAGUUGCUCGGGGAUGCUAUCCAACCACCCAUUUCUGCGUGGAGAUAUCUGGAAGUGAGAAAUAUCCUGCUUAUUCUCGUAGAAUUCCUCGAGAAGAUUGAGUCCACUCGCCAUUCGCCGUCCUGUCUCUCAUCUAAGCUUCACCGUCAAAUACGGGAAAUCGAUCGAUUGAUG